CAUUGUUAGUGGCAGUGAAGCCAGUGAGGCGGAGGAGAAGCGACCCAGGGGCCACCAGCAGUUCUCCGGGCUGCAGCCAUGGUCCAGACGUGCUCAGCGUAUGGCUGUAAGAACCGCUACCACAAAGACAAAGAUAUUUCGUUUCAUAAAUUUCCGCUGGCGCGUCCAGAUGUUUGUGGUAAAUGGGUCGCUGCGAUGAGGAGGAACAACUUCAAACCAACAAAGUACAGCAACAUCUGCUCACAGCACUUCACCAAAGACUGCUUCAAGAGGGAGUGUAACAACCGGGUCCUGAAGGAGAACGCCGUCCCAUCGCUCUUCAUCUUCAGCCUCACCAGUAAGUCAGAAUCCCUGGAGGAUCCCUUUGCCUCUGAGAUCGACUUCCCGCUCCCUCUGACCUCCGACCCGGCAGUGGAAGAGGAGCCCGACAGGAGCAUGGCCGACUCCUGCAGCAGCACCACAACGGCGAUGGUCUCCUGCGACCACAACUACACGGCCGAGGACUCGGCGCAGCAGAAGAAGCGCAUCGAGCAGCUGGAGGUGCAGGUGGAGCAUCUCAGGAAGAAGCUGAAGACCACGCAGCAGAAGUGUCGACGGCAGGAGAGGAAGCUGAAGAGGCUGAAGGCAGCCUGCGAGGGCCCCAGGGCCGGCCGGGAGGCCGCCAGGGCCAGCCGGGAGAGCCCCAGGGCCGGCCGGGGUAGUCCCAGGGCCAAUCGUGAUAUCCCCAGGGCUGGCCAGGAAGGACCCAAGGCAGGCUGUGAGGCUCUGCCGGCGUUGGGAGACGGAUACGUGAUUUUACCCAAACACAUCUACCACGCGCUCAAAGGCAUGGAGUGAUGAGGAGAGGAAGAGAUGAUGGAGUUUUGUGGAUUUAAAGUUAAAUGAACUUUUCUUCACUGGGAUUAAUUAUCAGAAACAUCUUAAAUCCCAAACUCCUGGUCCAGCUGCUGUUUAACGCUGCUUUGGUGGCCUCGUUCGACCCAGACUUUGAACUGAACACUAAGACGAGACUGACGCUCAGAUCAGUGAAAGCUUUUAUUUUUAUACCGUUUCUACAGGGACUGAGCUGUGAAAUAAAAGAUGUGAGUAUCCUAAACUUCUGUGGGUAUUUUUCCACAGUUCAGGUCUGAUUCGUGGUACAUUUGGUCUGAACGCUUUUAUUUUUCUACUUUUUAUGUAAACUGGGUUAAAAAAAAUAAAGUGGACUUUUGCGAACCUG